CGUGCUCAGUGUCGGGGUUACGCUGAACUGAGGGGUGGCCAUGGCGGCACAGUGCUCAGGUUUGGUGCGACGGACUCUUCCAGCCAUAGCUCUCUCGCUCCGAACCUCUUCUAGACGGCUCUGUACAGCAACAAAACAGAAAAAUAAUGGCCAGAACUUAGAAGAGGAUUCCAGUCAAAAUGAACAGAAGAUAGACAGUACCGCUACAGAGAAGACACUAAUUGAAGAGAAGGUCAAAUUAGAAGAACAGCUGAAAGAAACUUUGGAGAAAUAUAAGCGAGCCUUAGCAGAUACAGAGAACUUGAGGCUACGGAGCCAAAAAUUGGUAGAAGAGGCAAAAUUAUAUGGCAUUCAAGGUUUCUGUAAGGAUUUAUUAGAAGUUGCUGACAUUUUGGAAAAAGCUACAGAAAGUGUACCAAAAGAUGAAAUAAAGGAAGAAAACCCUCAUUUGAAGAACCUAUAUGAGGGUCUUGUUAUGACUGAAGUCCAGAUUCAAAAAGUGUUCAAAAAGCAUGGUUUGCUCAAAUUAAAUCCUCUUGGUGACAAAUUUGAUCCCUAUGAACAUGAAGCCUUGUUCCAUACUCCAAUAGAGGGGAAGGAGCCUGGCACUGUUGCACUAGUAAACAAAGUUGGGUAUAAGCUACACGGGCGAACCUUGAGACCUGCUUUGGUGGGUGUUGUUAAAGAACCUUAGCAACUCAUUUCUCCCCUCCACUCAAAUGCCAUUCAGCUAUUAAACGGAUACUUUUCUCCUUCACUUUUCACAUUUCCCCGCCCUUCGUGGAAGACUUAAAGUAACCAGUGGCUCAAUAGAAAAAUCAGCCAGUCUCAAAGUUGCAUUAUUUAAUGAACUGAAUAAUUUGGAAGGUCUACAAAUUGAUUUUAGUAUUGUAUACUUAAAGAACAGAGCCUCUGAGGCACUAUUGUACCUGUAUAGUAUCUUGAAUAAUGUUUUAUUAUCUCUUAAAAACCCUGGCUACUUAAAAGGUGUGUUCAAAGAAUAAAAUGUCUCCAGGAAUUGUACAAUGUGACUGUCCAGACAGAUUUAUGAGUUUGGUAUCGGGUUUUUUUUUUAAACCGUUUUUUCCUCCUGGAAUUUUUUCUUUUCUACUAUGAGAAAAGCUCUUUGAAAUUUACAAAGUUUUUCUUGGGAUACAUUGGUAUGUUUACAGUGCUGUUUAUUCUGAACCAUUAUGUGAACUUCAAAAAGGAACUAUUUAAAUAGUAUCCAGGUACUAUAUAUAAUCCAGUGACCACUACAAAUUUCCCCAAGAUUUGAAUUUUAUUUCAGUUUAGUAGUCCUUUUCAUUUUUUACCGCUAUCAUUUUCUCAGUUAAGUAAUUUGAUUUGGCUCUCAAAAUCUGGGAAAAUGGUUGCAGCUUUUUGGAGUGUUAUUUUUAAAAGUAGAAGUAUGUUGAAAUCAGUGUCUGAAAUAGUCUCAACAAAUGUAUUUAAUUUUACAUUCCUUAGUAAGCUCUACUUUCCCAGAGUUUAGGAACUAAGUGCUGGGUGUGCUUUUUAAAACACUGUUUGGAUUUAUUAUUUAAAAGAAUUAAAGCCCUAAUUUGUGCUAUUUUCCCUAUUUUCUGGCUUUCAUUUUCUAUUUCUUAGGUUGUGUUCUUCCAAUAGCAAUGACCCUCAUUAUUAGCCUCUUGACAUUUCAAAACUUAAAGGUCUAAAAUCAUGUAAUAUUGAACUCUUAGCUUUUUUACAUACCCAUUUUAAUUGCUGUACCAAUGAUACAGACUUUCUUUUCAGUUAUCUUCAGCAAAUAUCAUGCAUCUACCGUUUAUAUUAUCCUCAGGGGAUAAAGAUGAAGAAGGAAAAUCCCUGGUUUCAGACUUGACAGUUCUAGAUAUAGCAACUCUACCAUGUAUUGUUUUGUGCAUAUGAGCAGAAGAUAUCUAAAAUGGUAUAGGGAAGUUUCAUUUACAAACACUUUGAGCUGGAAUGUUUCAGAGAACACUACAUAAUGUAUGUAGGUAAGGAGAUGGCCCUUGAGUGAAAUCUUGAAGAGUAGACAUUAAUAUUCCCUAGAAAUGUGUGCUGAUGUUCCACCCAUGAGAGAGGGCUUGAAUGAACAUGCAGAAAGAAGAUAAAAUGAAAACACGGAAUGGCUAGUUUUUUGCCUGGAAGACACAGUACAUGAAGAGGAAUAGUAGUAAAUCCAACUGGGAAAGUAGAUAAAUGACCUUUAAAUACAUAAAGAGUUAUGUUUGACAUUCAGAUGAGUAUUGUGUUAAUGGCCCAAUGAGAGAGGGGUCAGUGAGUUGAGUCUCUCCACCCUUCCCUUAAGGUGCCACUAAUACUAGAACAAACUAAGGGGGGCGGGGGGUUCUCUGGAUUGGUGGACUUGUAAAGAACGAGUGCCAGGUUUUCAGAGGUCAGAAGGAAGGCUACCACAAAUGUUGAGGUAUGUGGAGGCCCUGUCAGGAUCGUCCCAGAACCUCAGUCAACUAAAGCCUUUCCCCCUAGCCAACUGGCAACUGCAAGGGGUCUGGCUCUGAUGGUUUCAAACAAGCAAUUCUUCACAGCCCCUCUUCCCUUCAUUGUCUGUGAAUAAAAUCUGGAACUUGC